AUGAGACCCGGUGGUUCAUAUAGUCAUCAUAGUGAUUCUAAUCGCAGUGAUUUGAAGCCUUUAAGAUCAAAUGGUUCUGUAUGCUCUUCGAAUUGUGAGAGCGUGAAUUCAGGCAAGUCAUCGACAAAAACUAUUAAUACAGAGGCUUCAGAGAACGUUCAUGUUGUUGUGCGAUGCAGAAACAGGACGAUUAAGGAGAAAACUUUAGAAAGUCCCGUGAUCAUUCAACUUCCAGAUGAAAAUCAGCAUGGUAAUCACGUCACAGUUCGGACUUCCUUGGAUCCAUCAGUUUCCACCCAACUUUCAUCGGCACGUACUUACACUGUUGAUCGUGUGUUUGGUCCGGAGCUAACACAGGAGGAAAUUUUUGACGAGAUUGGAAAACCAUUAUGUGAAGAUUUCAUCAAAGGAUAUAAUUGCACUGUCUUUGCCUAUGGGCAGACAGGAGCUGGAAAGACAUAUACUAUGACAGGAACUAUGGAUGGUGUUUCUGGGAAGAAUAAAGGUCUGCCAGAAAGAUCCGGAUUGAUUCCACGUUUUAUCUCCCAAAUAUUUUCUUCAUUUGAGGAUGAUCCGCAUCUUGCAGGCCAGGCUGUUUUGAAAUGUUCAUUUGUCGAGAUAUACAACGAGCAACUUCGAGAUCUUCUGUCGAGCACUAAAAGUUCACGAAGCCGAAUACGAAUUUAUGAAAAAGAAACUACAGAUGAAAGCCGUAACGGUAAAAGUAAAGAAAUUGCUGUUGAUGGACUUGAAGCUUUCCAAAUACGAACUGUUAAUGAGGGUAUUAGUCUGUUGAAGCAAGGAAUUCAAAAGAGAUCGACGGCGUCAACGGAGAUGAAUAAGAGAUCUAGUAGAUCGCAUGCUCUUUUUACGUUAGCACUUGUGACAAAAAGUUCUGGUCUUGAAUCAGAAGCCCGCUAUAGGGUCAGUAAGUUAAACCUUGUCGAUUUAGCGGGUUCUGAAAACAUAUCUAGAUCUGGAUCAAAGCAUGCUCGAGCAAAGGAGGCAGGUUCAAUCAACCAAAGUUUAUUGACUUUAGGUCGUGUAAUCACAGCUUUGUCUGAUGGAAAUAGAUAUAUUCCUUACAGAGAGUCAAAGCUAACGCGUUUAUUGCAGGAUUCUUUAGGCGGUCAGACGAAGACAAUUCUAGUUGCUAACAUUUCUCCGGUGAUACAAGAUUUACAAUCUACAAUAUCUACCAUGGAAUAUGCCUCAAAAGCAAAGAAUAUCAGAAAUUCAGUUCAGAUUGGGCCUCUAAUAUCCAAUGAAAAUUUAGUUCGUCAGCUCGUUGAAGAAAAUUAUAAACUCAAGUUGGACUUGCGUGCCACGAGGCGCAAGAAUGGGGUAUAUAUGGAUCAAGAGCAUUACAAGCAGAUUAUUCGAAGUUUGGAUACUUUAAAAAAUGAGAUUUCAGAAUUAAAAUCCGCAAAUCUGAUGUAUGAAAAUAAGAUUGAGCAUUUAAGCAAACAAUUAGAACAAGAAACGCAUUUAAAAAAAUGCUAUGAAUUAAGUUUGAAUAGCUCCGAAACAAAAUUGGUGGAUUUCGAAAACAAGCUUUCUGUACAGCAGAAAUCUUAUAUGAAUUUGAUUUCACUUGCUGAUUCUUUGGUUUUCGCUGUCAACAAUAACAUCGGUGUGUUGGAUAAAGAGCAGGAUAAAAUGUGGUCAUUUUUAAAAGGGUAUUUGAGUGAUACCUUUAAGCCACUUACUCAACGAAUGCAAUGUGUCAUUGAUAAAAAUGUUAAGGGUAGUAUUGUGAACAUAAAUUCCAGUGUCAGACAAGAAUUAGAUCAUACUGUAAAAAUGAUCGAUGAAAUAAAAAAUACCAUAAAUGCCUCUUUGUUACAUUACUUUGAACUUCAAAAAGAUAUAGGACAUCGGACCAAAGAAAGGUUGAUAGAACUUCAAAAGACAAAGCUUCACUGUGAUAAUAUUUAUAAGCAAGCAGAAGAGAGUUACGGCAGAAAUAAAUCUUUGAUUGAGGAAUCAAAGCUGCUCAAUGAUGAGCUCUAUCAACAGAUGAAUCUAUCUUAUUCCAACAAAGAGAUGUUGGUUCGCGAAUUAAUGAUUUUUAACGCAAGUAAAAUGAAAGAAUAUCAAAAGGAGGUUAAUCAGAGGAUUGCAGAGAUGUUUAAGGAUUUAACAUCUUUGAAUGCAUUGAAUAUGACCAACAUUUUUCAAAUGCGUACCAACAGAACUUUAGAUAAGUGGAUGAAGAGGAGUACCAACUAUCAUGAUGCCAUGGGAUCGACUGCUGGUGAAUUGUUCAAAACUACUAAGGCACUAGAUCAAGAAAAAACAGAUUGUAUUCAAUCGUUUGAAUCCUCCGUGAAUGAUGAUCGUAUACUUACUGAACCCAGUGUUUUGAAGAAAGUUUCUGAUGGGGUUCUGGAUCUUUCAGAGUGCACAAAAGAAUUAAAAAAUGGUCAUGUGAAGUUGUAUAACAAUGGCUUGAGUACUAUAGAUUAUAUAUCAGAAUGUCACGAUGCGAUGAAAUCGUUAAGCACUGAGUACUCAAACAUGUUUGAGGGGAAGUAUGCUGAAAUUUUGAAAAAGAAAAGUGAUAUGUCUACCAAGAUUGCUGCAAUUUUUUCUGAGAUUCCAAAAAGAACAAAGCGGGCAUUACAGGAAAUCGAUCAGUCGAAUAGUGAUGUAAAGAGUGGGCAUUUGAGUAAAAAGUUGGCUAUUAAGGAUGAUGUUUUGACCGAAAAUCAAAUUCACGAAUAG